UUGAGUCAGUCCACUAUUGGUGUUGUCAGUCAGUUUCAAUUUAGAAUUUGUCGUGGAUGUAACGUGAAAACGAGACGUGCGUCGAUCAAAAAAGUGAUUUAGUGAUGAUUUUAGCUAAUAAAUUAAAUAAAAUUAUUAAAAAUAAAUCAAAUUAAAAAAAAUUAAGAAAAGGAUUAAAAUAAAAUAAAAAAUGAUGGAAAAUCAAGAAAUAAAAGUGUCACGGAUCCCCAAGCCGUUUUCAAUUGAAAGCCUGAUUUCGAAACAGAAUGACUUACCGCCGUCGUCUCCGGAAAAAAAUUCACCGCCAUCUGCGAUGGAGACACAGAUAACUACGAGCCUUGGUGGCUUUGGAGCCAAUUACCAUCCAGCGAUGUUGCCUUUUCCCCUCUACCAUCCCUGGCUGGCUGGUUAUCUGCAACAACAAAACUUACCUCAGCAUUUGCAACAACAACAACAACCGCCAGCGCCACCAAUUGAUCCCGCAUCGACAAAUUACCACCUUCAACUCUCACAAUUUCUGACAAAUAAUAGUCAUAACAACAACAAAUUAAGUGAAUUAUUCAGUGAUUUUAGUAAUAGUGAGCGUGCAAAGCUUUUUCUACCCAACUACUAUCGGGAUCAGUCGGUGGGCAGCAAAAGUCGCGACGAAUCUUGCAGUUCACCGGAAGAUGGGUCCAUGGGACGGUGCAUCAGUAGGACUCCAUCACCGGAUGAAACCAGUGAUAAACAUCUCGAUAUCGAGCAGUCGGAUACGGAAAAUUCGGAUGACGAUGAGUCAAUUGAUCCAAGUGGUGAUACGGGAGACGAGGACACGGAAAAAGGCUCAAAGGGGAAUUCAAAGUCACGGAGACGAAGAACGGCCUUUACAUCGGAGCAGCUUUUGGAGCUGGAGCGGGAAUUUCAUGCCAAGAAAUAUUUGAGUUUGACGGAACGGAGUCAGAUUGCCACGAGUCUGAAAUUGAGUGAAGUGCAGGUGAAAAUUUGGUUCCAAAACCGUCGUGCCAAGUGGAAGCGCGUCAAAGCCGGCAUCAAUUCUCACAAUCUCGGCAAUCGCGGUUCAAAUUGCUCAAAUGGCGUAAAACUUGUCGUACCAAUUCCCGUUCACGUGAAUCGCUUUGCCAUCCGAUCUCAACAUCAACACAUGGAAAAAAUGGGAAUUUCCGGUCCAAAGCCAGAAUUGAGAAAGGAAAUUUGUCCCGAAAACAGCGGCUUUGAUAGAUUUAACAAAUCAAGUGCACCUCCAACAGUUGCCGCUGCACCAGGACCGCCAACCGGACCAAUUACUGGAUUACUUACCGCCCGACAAAACCCAAUAAUGAUCAAACCGAAGCCGUUCUGAUGGAUGUACCUCUCUAAAAAAAUGUAAUUAAAUUGUCAAUUUCGAUUUCAAUUAAACGUAAGAUGAAUCUAUUGAAUCUUUAUAAUUUUUUUUUGUAAAUAUUAUUGAAUAAAAAAAAAUAUUUAUAAGCAAUAUUUUAACAAACGAAGAAAUUUCAAGAGACAACUUUUACCUUUUAAAUGAAAAUUAAAGUUUAUUA